AUGUCGGCUGGCUGCAGGCGGUUGGCGGCGCUUGGUCCAAGGACCAAGGUUGGUCUGGAACUCCGCACCCACCCAACGCGCGCUGCCGUAAAACGCAAUGUGCCGUUGAUGGAGGCCCAGGAACGGUGGGUGUCAGUGUACGCCUGUGUACCUUCAAUGUGGAGUGGGGAGGCCGACGAGACGCGCGCGGCGCGCGUAACUGUCUCUCUCGGACUUCCUACUCCUCCUACUCCUCCAGUUCCCUCUUCUCCUCCUCUUCCUCUCCCUCUUCCUCUCUCACCGUAUUCCACAAUGGCCAAACUCACAUUCACAAAACUCUUCGUCGCCCUCCUGGCCUUCUCCUCCCCUCUCUCCUCCCUCUCCGCCUCAAUCCCCGACAUCCGCCCUCUCUCAAUCGAGAACCUCCUCGAAGUCCGUCAACACGGCGGCGGUGGAGGAGGCCACGGUGGACACGGGCACGGGCACCACGGGCACGACCACCAGCCGCACGACCCGAACGACCCCGUCCUCGCCUCCACCGUGGACAAGGACUGCCUCGAGGGCACCGAGUACGAGGGUAUGGCCAAGGGGUGGAACGUCACCAUCGCCGGCGUGCAUACGUACUAUGCUAGGCCGUCUGGUCCGCCCCCCACCGGCCCCCGGAAGGUGUUGCUCUUCUACUCGGACGUGUAUAGCGCGUUCUUCCCCAACAACUUUAUCCUCCAGGAUUGGUUCGCUGACCAGGGAUACUACGUCCUUGGACUGGAUUACUUCUUCGGUGACCCCGCGCAGAAUCAGAACCUCACCACCCCUCAGGAGAUCGAGGAUUGGGUCUACUGGGCUAAGGACCGUGCUGACCCAUAUGUCCCAGCUUGGAACGCUGCCGUUCGAGCUAUCUUCCCCAACGACACCAAAUACGUCGCCGUGGGCUACUGCUUCGGUGCCCCCUACGCCCUCGAAGCCGCUGCUACACCCGACAUCUUGGCUUCCGCCUUUGCCCAACCUGCGAUGUUGACCGAGGGGCACUUCUACAACGUUACUCAACCCCUCUUCGCAUCCUGCGCCGAAACCGACAUGACCUUCCCCACCAGCUCGCGCAACCGCAUGAUGGAAAUCCUCUCCGAUAUCAGCGCCAUGCACCACUUGCAAGUCUUCUCUGGUACCGAGCACGGCUUUGCUACUCGUGCUGAUUUGGAGGACGAGAAUGCCGCCUGGGCCAAGAACACCUCCGCUAACAGCAUCGUCGGAUGGUUCAACCGCUUCACUCAGGAUUAA